AUGGCAGUCAACAAAGUCGAACCUGAGACAUUCUGGGUCAAGCCCACGCCGCACUCACCCAACUCGGCGCUCCCGGUCGUGGUUUACCGGAAGGCCCUUUCGGACACAAGCCCCGAAAACAUUCUCACCUCGAUCGAGAGGAAUGGCUGGCUGAAGGGCGGACACUGGAAGACGUUCAAGGUCCCUCACUUCCAUUCCAACACUCACGAGUGCUAUGGCAUCGUUCGCGGCAGCAGCAUCUAUCAGCUCGGGAAAUCGCCUCUCGAUGCGGAUGUCGACGAGGAGGGAAAUGUCACUGGCAAGACAUUUUUCGCACAGGCGGGCGACAUCUUUGUAUUGCCGGCCGGCAUCAGUCACUGUUCGAUUGAGUCUGAAGGUGAAUAUGAGUACAUUGGAUUGUAUCCUGAGGGUGAUUUGGUUGAUGGUUCAAGGUGGGACAUUAAUUGGGCGAAAGACACGCCGGAAAAGACAAGCCAACCAUGCGGCAACUGCGUGCGCAUGCACACGGACUGCGUCUACCUUCCCACGCCGCCCCGGCAGCGGCGGAGUCAGUCGCGGCGGCAGAGGGAGAUGCUCGAAAGGCUACGGAAGCUGGAAGGGAUGGUGGCGGGCAUGGACGUGGCUGGACAGGGCGAGCGUCCGCAAGCUCUGGAUCAAGCACACAGCGCGUCAUUGUCGUCGUCGCCGCCGGGCAACAGUAACUUCGGCGGCAGUCCCAGCCCCAGCCUUGAGGGCAUCGAUGCUAUCGGCCAACUCAGCGAGAGCUUCGGGCGGUUGGAAGUGCGUGAGGGUAGGUCCAUGUGGUUUAGCAACGGCUUGAUGGCUAGAUUCCAUGCCGAGGUACGCAAUAUCCCCUUCCUCCAGCUUUGGGAAUGCCUCAUAACCGCCGUCGUCCAGGCCGGUGAGCGACGCAAUAUGACUGUGGAGAGCUGCAAUGACGGAGACGAGCCGUCAAGUGUCUUCUGGCGCACGGACCAGCAGGCCUUCGACCCUCUAAUCUACCUCCCGCCGCGCCGACAGCUUCCGUGGUACUGGGACAAGUUUGUCGAGCGCGUUGACCCAUUAUUCAAGAUACUCCACGUGCCAACGGCUGCCCCGUCCUUCUUGGAGUUUGAUGCUGAGAGCUCGCCCAUCACCAUGUGGCCUCUAUUCUUCGCCAUCUGCUACUGUGUGGUGUGCAGCCUGCGGCCCGACGAAUGCGCUGCCGAGCUGGGCGACGACCGCCACGUCCUGAUACUCAAGUAUAAGACUGCCCUGCAGCGGGCUCUCAGCACCGCCCGGUUUCUAGCGACGCAAGAGCUUAGCGUGAUGCAGGCGCUGGUCUUGCUGCUUAGCUACGUGCAAGGACGUGAAGCCGAGGAGCUGUGGACGCUGUCGGGGCUGACGAUCCGCAUUGCCCAGCACAUGGGCCUCCACCGCGAAGGCGAAGCCAACGGCCUUCUCUCGCCAUUUACUGCCGAGAUGCGCCGCCGCGUGUGGUGGCAGAUAUGCGUGCUUGACGUGCAGAUCUCCGAGGCCCGCGGCGCCGAGUCGUUUCUGUUUGACCUCUUCUUCGACACGCGCAUGCCGCUGCACGUGCGCGAUGCUGACCUGGACCUGGACAUGACUGUGCUUCCAGAGCCGCGCAAGGGCUGCACCGAGAUGACCUGGAGUUUGGUCAUGUUCGAGGCGUUCGACAUCAUGCACCGCAUCGCUCGCAUGCCACCUGGGAAGAUGCAUCAAAAGUCAGUCCUCAUCGCCGACUUUGCAACCAGGGUCGAGGAGCAGUACUUGGUAGCAAAUGGCACAAAGCCAUCUCCGUUACUGCGCAGCACCCGCGCCAUGUUCCACUUCCUCCAUAGCAAACUUUUACUUCUGCUCCAUCGCCCAUUUCGAGCUCAACCUCUUUCACAAGACGUCAAGGACACCGUGUUUCAAGUCUGUCUGGAGGCACUCGAGUCGUGGUACUCCAUGGCCACCGAUACUACCGUUGGUGGGCGCAGCCCAGGUUUUAGAUCAAACUCACUGUUGCAGCCACUGGUACUUGUGCUCGCGCAGCUGUGCGAGGGCAGGAAGGACAAGCUUGCUGAGAGAGCAUGGCCUGUUGUCAUGGCCGCUCAGCUGCCAUCCAGAGAUGGUUCCCUGCAGCCCCGCAUGCGCAGACUCAUUGACCCGGUACAGGGUCUCUUGGACCGCGCAAGGAAGACCAGGGAGUUGCAGUUGCAGCGGCUUUGCCUGGGGGACCCUAACUCUUCUUCAAUCGGCCAAGAGGACCACUCGUUGGCAGGUCUUGUGCCUUCAUCUAAUGCGUUGGAUGGCGCUGCCACACAGCUCCCGACUGACCUCGCCGCCUGGGCUGACGAGCUUCCCGGGCUCUGUUUUCCAGAUGAUGUGAUGUGGCUAGACUUUCAGGGGUUCGCGCAUCCACCAAGUUGA